GUUAGUUUCAUAUUCUGUCACUCCAUAACUAAUAAUUUCUUUCUUCACCAGUUACUAAGUUUUAAAUAAAAAUGUCGAACAGUCAUUUAUUCCUUAAAUCUGGAUUUCCACGCGCGCCGCUCCAAAAUGGCAUUGGACGCUAUGUUUGCCAAUUGCAGCGUGUUACGUUAAAGUUCUGUAAAAACAAUGGCUCUAGCCGUGGCAUGAGAGAAUUCAUUGAGAACCAUUUGAUUGACUUUGCCAAAGAAAAUCCCGGUGUAGUGGUUUAUGUUAAACCUCGACGUCACCGUGGACCGGUACUAGUUGGUGAAUAUUUAAAUGGUGAUCGCGAAUGGCUAAACUGCCGCAAUGCCAAUAAAGAUGACAUAUCCAAAUGGCUUCAACUGCUGAAAACGCAGAAUGGUAGUUCAAGUUCAUUGCGUUUACGUAAAAUGUGGCAUACUGAUGUGCCUUCAAUACAAGGUCCAUGGACACCGUUUACAUUACGAGCACCAGAGGCAAACGUGACAACCUAUCCCAACGCAGACGCUUCACGACCACUUGAUGUGGAACAAUCGGCAACUGAUAAACUUAUUGAAUUAUUUAAACAACAGCGUCUUGCUGAUAAAAACAAAUCCACAGAUGAAGUGUUGGUAGAAAAACGUGCUGAAUAAUUGUAAUAAAUAAUAGAACAUAAAAUAUAGUUUAAAGUGUUGAAAAAAUAGAA